CCGCAAGCAAUAACCUCUGAAGCUGUCGCGUGAUAUUGAACCAUUAGGAUCGGACCGUGAUUAUCACCACGAACUCUACGACCAAACCAUAUACCCACGUGACGAAAGACAGUAGACCUGAUACCGAUCGUAUAACGUGGCGCAUACACGGGCGACUGGCAUCUAACUACUGUAUUGACGGGCCUUGAGCCCAGUCAACAUUCGUCAUGCGCGCUUCGUACCUACUGCGUCUUGUUACCGCCACUCUCAUAGGUUCAUCCAUCGCUGCAUGGUUGGAGCGGCCUGCCAAAGACCUCGACCUCCCUAAACGCCAAGACGUCGCCGAAGGAGAAGGAGAGUUCAGCACGGCAGAGAGCACCGAUGCCGGUCUGGAAGUGGAAGAGGGAAGCACCUUCAACGGCAAGCAUGUCCCACCGGAGAUGUAUAUCGAAGGCGCCAAGCUGGAUGAGACGAUAAGCAGCGGCUACUGGGCCGUUGAGUUCUUCAGCCCGUACUGCCACCAUUGCCGGGCAUUUGCGCCGACAUGGUUGACGCUCUACGAGUUUUACUACACACAGGAACCGGUGGCGGGAGGUAGUGGAAAGGACGCCGACAUCAGCUUCACGGACUACUAUGACUUCCACUUCGCCAAGGUGGACUGUGUGGCCUACAUGGAUGCGUGCUCCACGAAGGAUGUCAAGAGCUUUCCUACCAUUAAGCUCUUCAAAGACGGUGAGCCGGUGAAGGAGAUCAUGGGCGCCCGGAGUAUCAAGGUGAUGAGCGAGUGGGUGGAGGAGACGCUCGAGACCAUCCGGCCCGGGUCACGACCGAAGGGCGGCAUGAAGGUACCCAAGGUCGGCGCGGACUCGGUGGAGAAAACUCUCAUGCCCGAAGCACCUCCAGAACCCGCGCUGAAGGAUACGGACGCCACCAAGACCGCCUCAGACUCAGCAUCCACCGUUACUGCAACUCGAGUCGCGGAGCCUGUCACACCCAACCUAGACGGCCGAAGCAGACCUUUGACUGCGGAAUCCUUCCAACGACUCGUCACCACGAGCCGCGAUCCUUGGUUUGUCAAGUUCUACGCCCCAUGGUGUGGACACUGUCAAGCGAUUGCGCCAAACUGGUCUGGCAUGGCGAAGCAAAUGCGCGGGCAACUCAACAUAGGCGAAGUCAAUUGCGACGUGGAGAAGCGGCUGUGCAAGGACGUCAAAGUUAAAGGCUACCCAACCCUCCUCUUCUUUCGUGGCGGCGAGCGUAUCGAAUAUGACGGUCUUCGUGGGCUAGGCGAUCUCAUCCGUUUUGGUAAUCAAGCGGUCGCGGUCGCGGAACCCAUCCAAGAUGUCACGGCCGCGGAGUUUGAAGCCCUCGAAGCGAAAGAAGACGUGCUUUUCCUCUACUUCUAUGACCACGCUACCACGACCGAAGACUUUGCCGCUUUAGAGCGCCUCACCAUGUCCCUCAUCGGACACGCCAGACUCGUUACGACCAAAGACCCACUCUUAAAUGACCGCUUCAAGAUCUCCACCUGGCCACGCCUCCUAGUCUCCCGCGACGGCAAGCCAACAUACUACACCGCCCUCUCACCCAAAGACAUGCGCGACUUCCGACGGGUGUUAGGCUGGAUGCAAAGCGUUUGGCUCCCCAUCGUGCCCGAGCUCACCGCUUCGAAUGCGAGGGAGAUCAUGGACGGUAAACUCGUCGUACUCGGCAUUCUCAGUAGAGAACGAGAGGAAGAGUUCGCCAGCGCCAAACGAGAGAUCAAGAACGCGGCGCUGGAGUGGGUGGACAAGCAAACGCAAGCUUUCCAGCUUGAACGCCAGGAACUCCGUGAUGCGAAACAACUCCGUAUCGAAGAGGCCGAGGACCGAAACGACCAGCGUGCGCUUCGUGCUGCGAAGAGUAUCCGCAUUAACAUGGAGGAUAUCGAGCGGCGCGAGGUCGGGUUCGCGUGGGUGGAUGGCGUGUUUUGGGAUCGCUGGAUCAGGACUACAUUUGGCGUCUCUGUGCGAAGUGAUCACGAGAGGGUGGUGAUGUACGAUUACGACAAUCAUCGGUAUUGGGAUCAGACUAUGACUGGUAACCCUAUCGUGCCUUCUCGCACGUCGAUUCUCGAAACGCUACCUCGCAUCGUAGCGAACCCGCCAAAACUGAGCAGCAAGAGCACGACGACGGUGUUGGGACAUGCUUGGGGUGUGUUCAAGGAGCAAUUGUUUGAGCAUCCGCGGGUCUCGAUUGCCGUCGCGAUAGGAGUGGCGAUUGGCGUGUUGAUUGUGUGGAGAAGGUAUGGGGCGCAGUAUGUUCGCGAACUGAGGCUAGAGCGGAUGCAAUCGUUACCGGGAUAUUUCAGAGUUGGGGAAGGGAAAGGGUGGAUGGGAAGUGAGAAGGGCGGGGUUAUGGAUGGAUUGCUGGGAGGCUUGGGAGGGCAGCAGGGAAAGGUUGACUGAUGCGGAGGAUGUUUGGCGUGGGUACAUGUGCAGCGUUCUUGUAUGGCAUAUGGUUGGCGUUCUCUAAUAGCGAGCGAGU